GACUAUUUUAACCGAAAAUAUAUAUAUAUAUAUUAAACAACAAUUUAAGUUGAUGUAAAGUUAGCUUGUUGUUUAGGAUUUACCUUUAACUAAACGUAUAGGCUAUGUUUGUGUUGUUGUUGUUUUCUCCUAAAUACCGACCAUUAGUUAGCGUAGCUGUAGCUAUCUAAGUUAGACAGAUGAGUCGCUUCUAUCGGACCAAUUUCUUCCCAAUAGAGACACAGAUAUAACAACUCACUGUCUUUUAAAUAGAGCUAGCUAACGAUGUUAUCGGUUAGACUAACAAACUAGCUAGAAUGACAAACUAUGUCAGCCAUCCCCCGCAUGUUUAGCAAGCUAGUUAGCUAACGUGUGUGUGUGUGUGUGUGUGUGUGUGUGUGUGUGUGUGUGUGUGUGUGUGUGUGUGUGUGUGUGUGUGUGUGUGUGUGUGUGUGUGUGUGUGUGUGUGUGUGUGUGUGUGUGUGUGUGUGUGAGUGAUGACACUGAUAGUUGUGUCCUUGUCCUUUGGAGGAAGAGGAAUAUGACCAGCCUACACGCCGUAUAGAUCAGUGCUUCUGCGACUACUUCUGUCGACAACUGCGACUAACUGACAGAGAGGAAGAAUGCCAAGGAGAAAACAAUCAAACCCACAGCCCGUCAAAUACGGUGUGGAGUGUGAACCAGGAUGCCUGGUUCUGGACAGUGACUUCCUGCUUAGUGGAGAGCUCUGUGAGUUUGGAGUCACAGAGAUCAUGGGGCUGGACAGAGACACAGGUAUGACAGUGUUCUCUCUGAGUGAUGACGGCACCAGCCUUCCAGCUUCGGGUGACUCAGCCUUCCCAGCAUUCCUCUCCUGUAAGGGGUGCCGCCAACUGAUGGGGGCCGACCUUGACCUGGGAGCAGGACUUGACUUGGGGGCGGGACUCUACUGCCUGAGCUGCGAAGAGGGCCUCCAAUCAGAAUCACACACAGCCAUGGAGGAUACCUCACAGGGGGAGGAGUCAACCCCGGCUGUCCAAUCCAGUGGGGGGAAGAACAGGAAGAGGAGUAAGGCGGGUGAUGAAGAAGUCUGCAUGAAGCUGUACACGUGCUCUCUGUGUAGUUUCUCCUCUCGCUACUCCAACCAUCUCAAACGCCACAUGAGAACCCAUGAUGGAGAGAAGCCCUACCGCUGUCCCCACUGCCCCUACGCCUCUACACAGAGGGUCAACCUGCAGAGACACACGCGCACACACACCGGGGAGAAGCCCUACCUCUGCAACGCCUGCAGCUAUGCCUGUAGUUCCCUGGGGAACCUGCGGAGGCACCAGCGCUCGCACAGCCAGGAGCCUCAGCCCCGGCCGCAACGCACACACACACUGAAGAGACGCAGCAGACGAAAACACAGAGAAAACGGUGAAGAUGCCAUUUUGUCAGACCUGACAGUGUGUGUGAGGAAGGACUCUGAUUUCCUCCAGUCCCUAGGGGGGGUAGCCUCUCCCUCCCUCCCCCCCUCCGCCCCUCUCCCUGAUCUCCUCUUCCCCCUCUGUUGUCGCUCCUGUGGCCUCACCCUGGAAGGAGAGAGAGAGGCGGAGGGCAGAGAACUGAUGUGUAGUCAAUGUUCUGAGUUUGUCCUCUCUAAGGAUAUAGGCUCCUCCAGCCCCACUGACACAGACUCGCACACAGUCCGGCCGGGGGCCAGCAAGCUGUACCGCUGCCCUCUCUGCCCCUUCCUCUCCCUCUACCCCAACCACCUGGCCCGACACGCCCACACCCACAGCGGGGAGAAGCCCCACCGCUGCCCUCAGUGCCCUUACGCCUCGGCCCACCUGGACAACCUGAAACGCCACCUCCGGGUCCACACGGGGGAGAAGCCCUACCGCUGUCCCCAGUGCGCCUACGCCUGCGGGAACCUGGCCAACCUGAGGCGCCAUGAGAGGAUUCACUCUGGAGCCAAGCCGUUCCACUGCUCUGUGUGUGGCUACAGCUGUAACCAGAGUAUGAACCUGAAGAGACACAUGCUGAGACACACGGGGGAGAAGCCGUAUGGCUGUGCUGAGUGUGACUACACUACGGGACACUGGGACAACUACAAACGCCAUCAGAGGAAACACGGACACAACACACACAGCUGGGACAAACACACACACCAGGACACUACAGCAGACAGCAACACACAGCACUGAGACACACACACACACACACACACACACACACACACACACACACACACACA